GCUUCCGCGUUCCCGUGAUGCUCCGCGGCCUGGCCAACGUCUCCUCCGGUGGGUUCCUGCCUCGGCCGCAGCUUGAGCGUGAAAAAGGUAGCCCAGCCUACGGGUCCCGAGAGGGCUCAAGCGGGAAGGCGGGGCGAGCGGAGCGGAGGCGCCAUUUUUAAACGGCCCGAAGAGGGCGGCGGUGCUGUGCCGCGGCCGGCAGGUAAUUUGGCCUCUGGGGAUGCCCUUAAGGGAGAGAACAGCCUCUGUGACGGUGGCAGGCUUGGGCCGACAGCAUUUGUACCCGAUUGUCGUCUCAUUAGCGCUUCAUCAGAAUGGACGCUCUGCCGAACUUUGUCCCUCCAGCGGGCGGACGGGGCGAUCUCGUCGACCCACAAGUAGAAUUGCAAAAAUUGUUAAUUGAUGAAAGGAUGCGAUGCGAACAUCAUAAAAGCAAUUACCAAACUCUAAAGGCAGAGCAUACAAGGCUACAGAACGAAUACAUAAGAUCACAAAAUGAGCUCAAGCAGCUGCUGGAGGAAAAGCAAACUGUUCACGACAAAUUUCAGGUUCUGCUUGCCGAAUUUCGAGAGGAAUUGCUGAAUAAAACGAAAGAAGUAGAGGAAUUAAAGACACAGGUGAUAACUCCACAAAAACUGGAAUUACUGAAAGCACAAAUACAGCAUGAUUUAGAAACACCUAUGAGAGAACGCUUUCGGAAGCUGGAAGAGGAAGGAGAAAAAUACAGAACGGAAUAUAACAAACUUCGUUACGAACAUGCUUUUCUCAAAUCCGAAUUUGAGCACCAGAGAGAAGAGCAUGGCCGCAUUUUGGAAGAGAGAAAAAUAAAAUACGAGUCUGAGGUAGCAAGACUGGAGAAAGACAAAGAAGAUUUGCAUGGCCAGCUUCUUAGUGUCGAUUCUUCAAGAGACAACAAGCAGGUGGAAGCGCUGCUGAGAGAAAAGGCCCAGCUGGUCCAGAAAGUCAAGGUGUUGGAAGCUGAAGUGGCAGAACUUCGAGCCCAGAAAGAAAACUCUGGCAUGCAAGCGGAAAAUGUCCAAAGGAUACAAGUACGUCAGUUAGCCGAGAUGCAGGCUGUGGUGAGAUCCCUGGAGGCGGAGAAACAGUCAGUGAAGCUGCAGCUGGAGCGCGUUGAAAAAGAACUGCUGCUGAGUAACGAGCAAAACGCAGCCUUAACCAGCAAGCUGCAUAAAGCAGAACGGGAGAUUGGUGCUUUGACUACAAAAGCUGAAGAAGUGAAGCACGCAAACAGGUUGGAAAUAACAAACGUCAAGCUGGAAGCCGCACGAGCCAGGAGUGAGAUUGAAAGAGAAAGAAACAAACUUCAGACCGAAAUAGACGAGUUACGCUCCGAUAAUGAAAUAUUGAAGACGACGUUAGAGCGGCACAAAGUGCUUUUAAUGGAAAAGGAUCGGGAGUUGGUGCGCAAAGUACAAGCCGCAAAGGAAGACGGUUUCCAGAAGCUUGCAGCAUUUCAGGAGGAAAAACUAGAACUUGAAACCAAAUUGGCAGAAAUGGAGAAAAACAAAAUGGAGCAAGACUGCGAGAGGCAACUGGAAAGGGAUCAAUAUGAAAAGAAAAUCUCUUCUCUGCAAUUGGCAGAGGAGUCCAGCAGGAGGGAAAUUCAGAACCUUAGGCUGAAGCUUCAACAGCAAGUCAUUAAUUCCGAAGGGCUGGAAAAAGAGAGAAGCGGCAAUGCUCACCUCAAGCAGCACAUCCAAGAGCUGCAGCUCCGCGUGGCUUCGCUUUCGCAGUCAGAGCAGGACUUCCUGGAUUCCAAUCAGAAACUCAAAGAAAUGCUGGAAAGGUUAAAAAACGAAUGCCAGAAUGCCAGAAGUCAAGCAGAGAGGGCUCAGUUAGAGGCAGCGAGGAAUAUAGAAGACAAGCGUGUGGAGUGGAUGGAGGAGAAACAUAAACUCGUUCAGCGCGUCACAAAGGCAGAAGAAACCUACGACCAGAUGAGACAGAAAUUACACCGGGCAUCAGUUGUUCAGAAAAAGAGAAAGACACUGAACGACAAUAAGCAAAAGAAACUGCUGGAGAAGAUAGAGCUCUUAGAAGCCAAGAAAGAAGAGCUGGAAAUUGAAAAACAGGUGUUGAACAGACAGAACGUUCCUUUUGAAGAACACAUCCGGCUUCAGAAAAGGCUAAAAGACUUGCAGCGCAGACACAACGAAUUCCGCCAAUUGAUUCUGUAUCCCAGCAUCCCAACCCAGAACCCCAUCACUUCAUUGUCAUCCACUGUUGUCCCCAGGCCCGAGGCAUCCUUCUAUCAUCUCCAAGAGGAACAGCAUCAAAGAGAACUUUCUCUGCUCCGCAAACGCCUGGAAGAACUGGAGACCACACAGAGAAAACAGCUGGAAGCGCUCGGUGCCUCUACCGACCGUGUUAGAUCAGUAGCAAGUUCAGACUCUUGA